AAGUGAAUGUAGUUGCAUUGCAUGAUAAAUCAGCAUAAUAAAAAAAAUCAAUUUCUAAAUUUCUAAAACCAUAACAAAAAGGAAUACACAUUAGUUUUAUUAUUUGCUCACAGUUAAAAACAGAAACCCAACCCAUAUAAAUUUCAAAAGAGAAAGUGCUCUAAAAAAAAAAAAAGGAUCACGUGCACUGAGGUUUGCUUCAAAAACAAAGAACCCUGCAUCCGUUCUUCAAUGCUUUAACAAGCUUCACUUUAGUUGGUUUGCUUCAAAUCAAGCAACCCAUUUCAUUGGUUCUUUUGAAGAUUAUGGCUCGACUGCUAUUUGUUUUAUGGCUCUUGAGAGUAUAUGUUCUGUGGGUGUUGUGCGUUCAAGCUUAUGGAAUAAAGAUGGCAUCAGUGAAGAAUGGAGAUCCCAGCUUUCAUAAGACUGAUCUCAUGCCUCUUAAAAUUACCAGACAUUUCAAUUGUUUACCAUCAGAGUCCGUGUGCGUGCUAAAGUGUUCAGCAUCCAGAGUUCAAGAAGCUAAUCUAACCUGGUUUAAAGAAAAUCAAGUAUGUUCCCAAGUCAGUGUUGUUUAUCUUGACCCAGACCCCUCUCUUAAAUUGUUUGUGGAUAAUCAGGACAAAAGCAACUACAGCUGUGUGCUGAACAAACAGAACAGCAGCACGACUUUAUAUCUCAACACCCCUCAACACUGUAAGCCAUGCCCAGCCAAAACACAGACAUCGCAGACGGUGAAGAAGGGAGAUUCUGUCACUCUACACACUAAUUUAAGAGACAUACAAGAGGAUAUUUUCAUUAGAUGGUUUUAUGGUCCUAAUGAGGCUCUCAUUGUGGAAAUAAGUAAAGAUCAUAUCAACAUGUGUGUUCACGGGGAAUUAAAAGGCAGACUGUUGGUCGACAGUCAAACUGGAGAUCUCACCGUCACAAACACCAGCACAACAGACUCUGGAAUCUUUAAACUACAGAUCAACGAUGAAUUUCGCGAAUGUUGGAAUUUCAACGUUACUGUCAUUGAUCGUCUGCCCAGUCCUCAAAUUUCCAAUCAAUCCAAACACUGUCCAUCAUCAGACUCAAAAUGUGUGGUGGAGUGUUUUGUGGAGAAUGUGAAAUCUAAGGCAACUCUGUCCUGGUACAAAGAAAACCGUUUAUUGUCCAGCAUAAACAUAACUGAUUUAAACUAUUUAUGUCUGGAAUAUACGGAUAAAGGCAACUACAGCUGUGUGAUCUCCAAUUCGCUCAUCAAUGAGACUAAGUUUCUCAUCAUCAGUGAAGUUUGUGCAGGUAUGCCAUCAUUUGUCUGGACUUGAUCUCUCAGGAUGUCUUUUUAUAUCAUUUU